CCCUGAAAGAGGCGCACCCUGCUGGGGCAGACACUGCGCUCUCGCGGCGGAGCACCCCUCUAGCUUCUUCUCCAGUACCGAGGCUCUCAAACUCUCCUCUUGCCUUAACCAAACUUGCUUUCCCGCCUCUCAAACUCCAGCUUCCCUCCACUCCCAGCUCUUUUCCCUCCACUUUCCACUCCUCUAUCUCCCACUCCACAAACCCCAAUCCCCACUCCUUUCUCCCGCCAUCCCCUUUCCUCUCCCUUCCCUUCAACUUCUCGUCAGUUUCCACUGACACCCGGUGCGCUCCCAAGUCAGUAGCCCGCUCCUGCUCCUCUGAAGCCAUGGCGGGACCGGGGGGCUGGAGGGACAAGGAGGUCACAGAUCUGGGCCACUUGCCGGAUCCAACUGGAAUAUUCUCACUAGAUAAAACCAUUGGCCUUGGUACUUAUGGAAGAAUCUACUUGGGACUCCAUGAAAAGACUGGUGCAUUUACAGCUGUUAAAGUGAUGAAUGCGCGUAAGACUCCUUUACCUGAAAUAGGAAGGAAGGUGAGAGUGAAUAAAUAUCAAAAGUCUGUUGGAUGGAGAUACAGCGAUGAGGAAGAGGAUCUCAGGACUGAACUCAACCUUCUGAGGAAGUACUCUUUCCACAAAAACAUUGUGUCUUUCUAUGGUGCAUUUUUCAAACUGAGUCCUCCUGGCCACAGGCACCAACUUUGGAUGGUGAUGGAGUUAUGUGCAGCAGGCUCAGUCACUGAUGUAGUGAGGAUGACAAAAAAUCAGAGUUUAAAAGAAGAUUGGAUUGCUUAUAUCUGCAGAGAAAUCCUUCAGGGCUUGGCUCACCUUCAUGCACACCGAGUAAUUCACCGGGACAUCAAAGGUCAGAAUGUGCUACUGACUCAUAAUGCUGAAGUAAAACUGGUGGAUUUUGGAGUGAGUGCCCAGGUGAGCAGAACUAAUGGACGAAGAAAUAGCUUCAUUGGGACACCAUACUGGAUGGCACCUGAAGUGAUUAACUGUGAUGAGGACCCAAGACGCUCCUAUGAUUACAGAAGUGAUGUAUGGUCUGUUGGAAUCACUGCUAUUGAAAUGGCUGAAGGUGCUCCACCUCUGUGUAACCUUCAGCCUUUGGAAGCCCUCUUCGUUAUUUUGCGGGAAUCUGCUCCCACUGUCAAAUCCAGUGGAUGGUCCCGCAAGUUCCACAAUUUCAUGGAAAAGUGCAUGAUAAAAAACUUCCUGUUUCGCCCUACUUCUGCAAACAUGCUUCACCACCCAUUUGUUCGGAACAUAAAAAAUGAACGCCAUGUUGUUGAGUCAUUAACAAAACAUCUUACUGGAAUCAUUAAAAAGAGACAGAAAAAAGGGAUACCUCUGGUCUUUGAAAGAGAAGAAGCUAUUAAGGAACAGUACACCAUGAGAAGAUUCAGAGGGCCCUCUUGUACUCAUGAGCUUCUGAGAUUGCCAACCAGCAGCAGAUGCAGACCACUUAGAGUCCUGCAUGGAGAACCUUCUCAGCCAAGGUGGUUACCUGAUCAAGAGGAGCCACAGAUCCAGGCACUUCAGCAACUACAGGGAGCAGCCAGGGUAUUUACACCACUACAGGCUCAGGACAACACACGUAGGCCUCCACAAGGGCAGGCUCAGGCACCUCAACGACUACAUGGGGCAGCUCAGGUGUUUAUGCCACUACAGGCUCAAGUUAAGUCUAAGUCAUCUAAGCCUUUGCACAUGCAGAUGAAGGCACCUCCACGACUUCGGAGGGCAGUCCAGGUGGUCAUGCCACUACAGGCUCAGGAUGAGGUUCCUAAGCCUCUACAGGUUCACACCCCAGAACCCAAAGAGCAGCAGACUCAGGCCCACAUCCAGAGCCAGGCAUCAGAACAGCCUCAAGAUCUAGAUCAGGUGCCAGAGGAAUUUCAUGGGCACAAUCAGGUUCCUGAACAACAGCAAAGGCAGGGCCAGGCUGCUGGACAACAGCAGAGGCAGAAUCAGGUCCCUGAACAGCAUCUGGAGCAAAACCAGGCACCUGAACAGCCAGAGGUACAGGAACAGGCUGCUGAGCCUGCACAGGCAGAGGCAGAGGGGGAGGAACCUGAGUCAUUGAGAGUACAUGCCCAGGUGUUCCUGCCUCUACUGUCACAGAACCACCAUGUGCUGUUGCCACUACAUUUGGAUACUCAGGUGCUCAUUCCAAUAGGAGAGCAAAAUGAAGGGUCCUCUCAGGCACAGGGCUGGGCACUAGAGCCCUCACAGGCAGUUGACUCAGUUCAAGCACUGAUAGAAGGACUAUCAAGAGACUUGCUCCGAGCACCAAACUCAGAUAAUUCAAAGCCACUUGGUCUGCUGCAAACCCUGAUGGAAAACCUGUCAUCAAACAUGUUUUACUCUCAACCAGAACAGGCUCGGAAGAAAAAAUCAAAAGUUUCUAGUCUAAGACAAGCUCUGGCAAAAAGACUGUCACCAAAGAGGUUUAGGAUAAAGUCAUCACGGAAACAUGAAGAAAUUGAACUCUCAGAUUUAGAAGCUUGCAGGCAAAGGCGCCAACGCAGAUGGGAGGACAUCUUUAAUCAGCAUGAGGAGGAAUUGAGACAAGUUGAAAAUGACAAAGAAGAUGAAUCAUCAGACAAUGAUGAAGUAUUUCAUUCAAUUCAGGCAGAAGUACAAAUAGAACCAUCACAGCAACAUGAUCCAAACCCUAGAGAAGAUGAGGUCCAAGAGAUGCCAGCUUCCGUGCCUUAUAACCAGGAAUGUCCACAACGUCCACACCGUGUCAAGUUCAAUUCAAGUGUUCCUCCACCAUCUCUUUUGGAAGAAGCUCAGCAGCCCAUUGACAUCAGACAAAGGAGUUCACAAAAUCUUCAAAUUUGCCCAGAAGCAUCAGAAUCAUCUUCUGAGGAGGAGAGUCCUGUGAUUGGGAGGAGGUCUCAGUCAUCACCACCUUAUUCUACUAUUGAUCAGAAGUUGCUAAUUGAUGUCCAUGUUCCAGAUGGAUUUAAAGUAGGAAAAAUAUCACCCCCUGUGUACUUGACAAAUGAAUGGGUGGGCUAUAAUGCACUCUCUGAAAUCUUCCGGAAUGAUUGGUUAACUCCUGCACCUGUCAUUCAGCCACCUGAAGAGGAUGGUGAUUAUGUUGAACUCUAUGAUGCUGGUGCUGAUACUGAUGGCAAUGAUGAGGAUUCUAAUGAUGCUUAUGAAGAUACCUAUGACCAUGCCUUUGGCAAUGAUGACUUGGAUAACCAGGUUGAUCAGGCAACUGGUGUCUGUGAAGCCCAUGAUGUUGGUGACAACAGGGAUGUAUCUGGUGAUGACAUAAAUGAUAAUUAUGAUGAUGCUCCUAAUUGGUCAAGGGCAAGCUAUGGCAGAGAUGGAAGGUUCAUGCAAGAAGGUAGUGAUGCAAGUGUUGGAAAUCAAGGAGCCACCAGAGGCUAUGGCUUCUAUAGAGCUAAUAGAAGCCAUGGAAGAAGUGCAGCCAAUGGGGACAAUGCAGCCAUUGGAGACCAGGAAGGACAUGGAAGAGGUAGCAGGAGUAAUGGAAGUAAGGGAGUCAGUUGGGCCAAUAAUGAUUAUGGAGCACUUGGACACAUUGGAGGAGAAAAUUAUUCAGAGAUAGAGGAUCUAGGAUUGGAGAGACCUGUAUUCCAGGACUUUGAACAUCAACAGGAGGAGCCAGAUGGUGAAAGUGAGGCCUCAAAUUCCAUUGCCUCAGUUAGUGUUCCCUCAGCAUUUGAUGAUGAGAAUGACAAUAGGGACAUAUCUGACUCAUCAAUACAAUUGGAUUUUCCUGACAGCCAUUCAUCUCCUUCCAAAGAUUCUGGGGGAGCUGCUGCUGAUGAUUUUGCCAGUGCCAUCUUAUAUGCUGGAUUCGUGGAAGUACCUGAAAAAUCACCUAAGCAACCCUCUGAAGUCAAUGUUAACCCACUCUAUGUCUCUCCUGCAUGUAAAAAACCACUAAUUCACAUGUAUGAAAAGGAAUUCACUUCUGAGAUCUUCUGUGGUUCUUUAUGGGGAGUCAAUUUGCUUCUUGGAACCCGAUCUAAUCUGUAUCUGAUGGACAGAAGUGGAAAGGCAGACAUUACUAAACUUAUAAAGCGACGACCAUUUCGCCAGAUUCAAGUUGUAGAGCCACUCAAUUUGCUGAUUACCAUCUCUGUUUUCGGUGGACACAACAUCUAUAUUUUUUAUGUGGUGCUGAGGAUCGAACCCAGCAUCCUGCGCAUGCCAGGCCGUAAGAACAGACUUCGGGUGUAUCAUUUGACUUGGCUGAGAAACAAGAUUUUGAAUAAUGAUCCAGAAAGUAAAAAAAGACAAGAAGAAAUGCUGAAGACAGAAGAAGCUUGCAAAGCUAUUGAUAAGUUGACUGGUUGUGAACACUUCAGUGUCCUCCAACAUGAAGAAACAACAUACAUUGCAAUUGCUUUGAAAUCAUCAAUUCAUCUUUAUGCAUGGGCACCAAAGUCCUUUGAUGAAAGCACUGCUAUUAAAGUAUUUCCAACUCUUGGUCAUAAGCCAGUGACAGUUGACCUGGCUAUUGGUUCUGAGAAAACACUAAAGAUUUUCUUCAGCUCAGCAGAUGGAUAUCACAUCAUCGAUGCAGAAUCUGAAGUUAUGUCUGAUGUGACCCUGCCAAAUAAUAAUAUCAUCAUUUUACCUGAUUCCUUGGGAAUUGGCAUGAUGCUCACCUUCAACGCUGAAGCUCUCUCUGUGGAAGCAAAUGAACACCUCUUCAAGAAGAUCCUUGAAGUAUGGAAAGACAUACCGUCCUCUGUUGCUUUUGAGUGUUCCCAGCGAACCACAGGAUGGGGCCAAAAGGCCAUUGAAGCGCGUUCUUUGCAAUCAAGGGCUCUGGAAAAUGAGCUGAAACGCAGAUCAAUUAAGAAACUGAGAUUUCUGUGUACCCGAGGUGACAAGUUUUCAGCAGACACAACAUCUUUGUUUGUUUGUGGUGCUGAGGAUGGAACCCAGGCGGCACCAUGCCAGGCGAGCGUGCUACCACUUGAUCCACAUCCGCAGCCCCGCAUUUUUGUUUUGUUUUGUUUUUCCAGUGGGGCAGGGCUGUUCUUUACCUCUACCCUGCGCAACCGCCACAGCCGUGUUUACUUUAUGACCCUCGGAAAACUUGAAGAGCUCCAAAGCAAUUAUGGUGUUUAAAAGGUUCCAGUGAUUUAUUAUAACAUUUAUAAACAUCACAUAUAUGCAAUUGCAUCUUCAGAUUUUAGAGAUUAAAAUGAGCAUUCAGUUUUAUUGUUAGAGAAAAAUUAAAUCAGAAACUUUUAAUGUAGCUCAGAAUAGUUUUAAUGAGAAUGUAGCUUUACAUAUAAAAUUAACUAUAGCAAGCUCUAUGUACUCCAGUGGUGUACAAUAUCUUUUGCACAAACUUUGUAACUUUUGUUACUGUGAAUUCAAACAAACUCUUAGGACACUUUGGACAGUAUCUGUAUUCAUAUUUACAACAAGGAGUAAAGAAACCUGUCAUAAGUUAGAUUACAAGCAGCAUUGGCCCUGAACAAGUUCUCAGAAAGAUAAAACAAACUACAUGUAAUUUUUCUUAUCAUAUAAAAAAAGUCAGAUUGUGAAAUAAAAAUUGUAGUGAAUAUUUUAUAACACAGACUAAGGUUGAACAACCUGCAUGCCCAGAGAAAAUUAUAGCAAUAAAGAAAGGAAACUCACCCAUUUUCUCACAAUUAAGCCUGCAGUUAGAGACCGGUUAUGUUCUUUUCACUCACGUUAAACUGGUUUUCUCCCUACAGUAAGAAUGAAAUAAAGCCUCAGAUGCUUUCCUCAUAAUUCCCAAAGAUGUGCAAUAGCUGUUUUUACACACCACCAAAUAAUACACUUGUAAGCCUGAAUGCAGGACUGAACUCCAAUACACAUGUACUGUAGAAAGAGUUUUGUUUUUUUUUUUUUUUUAAUACUUUAGGCGUCAAAUUUUAUCCCCAAGAUUGGCUGACUUUUCCAAAAUUAUUAACUACACAAUGGUAGGACCAUCAGACAGCACCAAAUAUUUACCAAAUCUCAGAAUAAAAAUUUCCCUUCAUUUAGUAGGCAAAAUAAAAACAAAACAACAACAUUUUCAACUGCUAAUACUUAAAUUUUCAAAUUAUAUUACUAUAAAAUCAGAAAUUCAUUUGAAAUUAUUUCAGUGAUAAUUCCAUAUGUAAUGACUUAAUGUUGUAAGUAAAGAAAUGAAAAGAUUUUGAAAAAAAUAUAACCUUCUUCAUAUACCUAAUUCUGCAAAAUUAGAGUAGUGAAAGUCAUGCUAGCCCAUCACUCACAUAUAGACGCCAUAAAUAGGUGAUGUUUGGUCACCUAUGGUUACUACUACCUGGUGAAAAGCAUAAUUUCUGCAUAUCCAUCCUCAAUAACACGGUUAGUUCUGGAGCAAUAGAGAAGCAACAGAACUACCACAAAGUAUACCUCAUUAAUAAUUCCUCUAGCUCUGUUCUAAAAUCUGAAGACAGUGCUAGUGGGAUAAUAAUUUUCAAACUACCUGGUUUACCAAAAUAAGAAGCAGCUGACUGUGUGAUUUCAUCAUAGCACAUCAUUUCUUGGCACUUUGCUGCCAGAAAUGAAGAUUUGGAUUUUCCUAACAACUUCUAUCAAGAGUGUAGUAGCUCAAUGUUAAGAAUUUAGGAGAACCUAAAUCCAUGAAUUAAAGUAAUAAAUGUGAUUCACAUUUCUGUUACUGUGAUACAAUAAUGUGAUCCUAAAACUGGCUUAUCCUUGAGUGUUUACAACUCAAAUGACUUUUUUAAAUGAAGUAGUUUUAAAAAGAAAACAAACUUUUAUGUCAAAUCAUUUCCUUAGAAGUAGUCUUCUUUAUUUUAAAUUUGUACACCAAAAGGCCAUGGGGGAACUUUGUGCAAGUACCUCAUUGCUGAGCAAAUGGAGCUUGCUAUGUUUGAAUUUCAAGAUUUUCUCAUUUAGGUAGUAUGUAGAAAAAAAGUAUUUUAAGGAAUUCAUUUUGUUUCUUCAUUAUAUUUACUCAGUGUUAAGCUUAAUAAGUUUUAUCUUAAAAUCAUAGUUUAAGGCAGUAAUACAUUAAAUCUAUCUUAGGAAUUCAACUCCCAUUUGUAUUCUGUGGUAGUUAUUCUAGUAUAUAUACACAAUAAUGAAUGGCAUCUACAAAGUCACCCCAAAGUAACCACAUAAGAGAGAUUGUAAUGUGUAACUGAGCUUUAAUGAAUAAGGUAUCAUGGAAGAAAGGAAACUGGGCACACAUCAAGAAGAGGAGGGAUUCAAAUGUUAGUUAGCCAAACAGAAAGGACCGAAAAUAUUUGAAGCAGUUCAUAGGUGAUGGAUAUUUCCAAUUUUGAUGUAAACUGGUCUGGAAUUUCCAUAUCCUUUGCCAGCUGAAAGAAGAAAGUGAAGGGAAAGUGAAAUUUCAUAGUCACUAUAUUUUGUAACAGAUAGAAGAAAUUAUAUCUGUGCUUUACUAUUGUAGCAGCAGUACUACAAACCCAGCCCAUCACAGAGAUAUGGAAGGGGACUUCUGUAAGCCAAUUUUCCCAGCCCUGUGGUUUGAAGCAUGAAAGUUCUGGCAGGUUGUGAGCAGCACUAGUGAUACAGUGUGGUUUUAUUUUAGCGAGAUUAAUUUUUUCAUUAAAGCCCUUGUUCAAAAUAAAAGGUAAAAUUAAAAAUAUGGAAAAUCUAGAAAAUUUUGGAUGAAUAGGGCUGAUAAAAUCUGAGUAGUUGAGUCAGUUGAAAUAAGGUAAGAUCCUCAGAAGAACAAAACAAAGGAAUAAUCAUUAAGAUGUUAAAAGAAGCAAAGCAGAAUCACACAAGAACACACACACAUACACACACACAUACACACACAUACACACAUAUAUACACACAUACAUACACAUAUACACACACAUACACACAUACACACACAUAUAUACACAUACACACACACAUACACACAUAUACACACACAGAUACACACACAUAAUAGAAUGCAUAAGUUUAAUGUUUUUCAUAAUGCUAAUUUUGAAACAAAUUAAUCCCUGCCAAAACUUCUGCCAAAAUUCAUUUAGUUGAGACACUAUAAAAUGAGGACUAAUGCUACACACAUUCAAUGGGAUAUUUUAAGUACUCUUCAAUUUGUUUCAAUAAGUGUGUCAAUUUCAAUUUGUAUUCAAUCUAUACUCUAAAAAUAUCAAAAAAAUCUUUUGAGAAUGGUAAUUGCUUAAUCAGAAAUUCUGUAAUAAAUCAUUGUUCAACUUCUAAAAAUAAAAAUUAUCAAA